CGAUUCUGGCUCAUAUGCUUUGGAGUCUGCCCAGGCUUGUUGCUGUCCAUCAUGGAUUCAUCCGUCCUGGCGGCGAGCUUAUACCGCAUAGGAGUCGACUUCCAAGAGCACAGUUUGAUCAAUUGGGUAGUGCUGGCAUAUAAUUUGGGCUACAUUGGCUUUAUUGUUUCAUCCACUGCCCUUUCAGAUGUCAUUGGGCAACGCUAUGCUCUCUUGUUUUCCUACUCUCUGUUCUUGACGUUCUCUGCUGCGUGUGGAUUUGCUCAAGAUGUGGACCAACUGAUAUUAUUUCGGGCAUUUCAAGGAGUUGGUGGUUCAGGCCUUUACGCUUUACCCAUCCUGAUCUUGACUCAAAACAGCCCGCCUCGAAUGCGUCAGUAUAUAGGCAGCAUUAUUGGAGUGACUAUUGCAGCUGCGGGCGUCUUUGGGCCUGUUAUUGGCGGGCUACUCACCCAGUACUUGGACUGGCGGUGGAUCUUUUUAAUCAAGUCCUUCAUUCUCCCGCUAAUACUUGGCUUGAUCUGCUGGAUAACGCUGUUCUUGUGGUCAAACUUGGUUGAUAAACGCCUUUCUCAAAACAUUGUAUCCAUCUUUCCCAUGACAUUGUUCAGAAAUCGACGUUACACGAGGACCGUCUUACCAGCUUUAUUUGCAGGCUGCCCGUAUCUACUUUUGAUCUACUCGAUCCCCAUGAGGAUGCAAGUCUUUAGCGGCAAAAGCCCGCUCGUCGCUGGGCUGUCGUUACUCCCUAUGUUAGGCACAGUUGCCCUCGGAAGCAUUAUCAGUGGAAAACUCAAUGCUUCUGCAACCCAUCUCGAUCUCACUUCAACUAUGCGCGUCGGCACAAUGUUAAUGGUUUGCGGAUUUUCCUGGCUUUCAGCAGUCCAGGGGUCCAAGGACGAUGCAACUACACUUGGACUUCUUACCCUGGUUGGUCUUGGUUUUGGACUCUGUACAUCAGCGGCGACCAACAUGAUUAGUGUCGAAGUGCCUAUACGACACCGGGCAUCCGCUCAUGGCAUUCUUGCCCAAGCAAGAAUACUGGGAGGAAGCUUCGGCAUAGCGAUUUCUACAGCAUGCCUGCAUCACUUUGUCAUUAAUCGACUUGCAGAUAUCCUAACUGCUGAUGAGUUUGCUUCCUUUGAUGGAGACAUGACAAAUUUUACAGGGGAUACCUUGGAAGCAAUCCGGUCGGCGUUUAUCAAGGCUUUUGACCUUGGUAUUGAACUAGCUAUGGCGGGAUGCUGGAUCGCGUAUUUCUCGACCUUUUAU